UACAGACUUGACGGUAAUGGGUGUGCGUGGACGCUGUCUCGUUCCGGGAAAGGGGAAGAGUUUACCCGAUAUAAUUAAAGUUAUGAACAUUGAGAGGAGGAAAACAUACUCUGGCUGAGAUCCGACAGCUGCUCAACUGGUACAAGGCUGACAGCAGUCUGUUAUACUGUAAGAAAAAGAAAAUGCACCGAUGACUGGAUCCCACACCAAACUCUGUCGAAUAAUGAUCAGUGAAAUUGUCAUAGUGCGCCAUCCUGUCUCUGUGUGUGUACCUGUGAACCAUAAGGUGACUCUGAGUGUCCGUGCCGAGGGCACAGGGAUCCUCUGCUACCAGUGGUUCUCUGAGGAUAAAGAACAGCUGCUUGGUGCCACUCGAGCAGACCUGACCAUCACUGCCACAAAAACUCAGCUCUACGUGUGCCGAGUGAAUGACCACUUGGGCAAAUAUGUGUUCAGCGACUGGGUGAAAGUAAAGGUGUUGGACAUUGAUAAGUCAGGUUUGUCAGUGCACUGGCAGGGUGAGCCACACAUCGCUGUCAACCCUAAACCCCAGACAGUCCGAAACGGUACAAAGUUCUCCCUCCGCUGUGCUGCCUUUGGCAUGCCUACUCCACACUAUCAGUGGUACAGAAAUGGACAGCCACUGCUUGACAGGACUAGUGACACACUGCAGAUUGAAUAUGCAACGGCAGAACAUGGAGGAUCAUACCUAUGCUCCAUAUCUAACGUGUUAGAAGAGAGAUGGACUGAACCUGUUGAUGUUGAUAUUGUGCAAGCAGAUCAGCUUCGUCCUGCAGCAUUCACAGCCACUGAUAAAGUUGCCCUCCUCAUUGGCAACCUGAAUUAUUCCAACCACAUCAAAUUGAUGGCCCCCAUUAUGGAUGUGCAUGAGCUAUCCAACCUCCUGCAGCAGCUUGGCUUCAGAGUGGUUUCGCUGCUGGAUCUCACCAUGGAGGAGAUGCUGGCUGCUAUUGACAAGUUCAUUCAGCUCCUUGACAGAGGAGUUUAUGGCCUUUUCUACUAUGCGGGUCAUGGGUGUGAGCGGGCUGGGAGGAAUUACUUGGUAGCUGUUGAUGCUCCACAGCCGUACAAACCUGAAAACUGUGUCUGCGUGCAGAGGAUCAUGCUCAAGAUGCAGGAAAGACGCACUGCAUUGAGUGUAAUCCUACUGGAUGCCUGUAGAAAAUGGUACGACCAGCAGUGUAUACCUUCACGCAUCAUGCCAUUGGGACCCACUGGGAAUACUGUUUAUGGUUACGCCACAUGUGAAGAUGCUGAAGCUUUUGAGGUCCAGGACGGGGGAAAAAGUACUGGAAUCUUUACAAAAUACUUGAACGAGCACAUUCUACAGUCAGAGAAAGUCACACACGUCUUAGAGAGGGUAUCUGAGGAUCUAGGCAAAGACCCCCUCGUCACAGGCAAACAGGUGGUUGAGAUCAAACACACCCUGAAGGAACCUCGAUCCCUUGCAGACCCAGUUCGGACCACUGGCCACACAAAGGAAUUACGCCUGCGAGAUGCCUGCUGGAGACAAGCAAAUGAGCUCCCACAGAAGAAGAGGCUGAUGUUUCGUUGUGGAGUAGAAGUAGAAGUCAGCUUCUCAGCUUUGUUCUCUAACGUCUUGAUGGCUUUUGCCACAGUAAAGACUACCGGCCUCCGAACCCAGGACUGCACAGUCACGCUGAGUAGCAUACCUACGCUGGAAGACAUAUUUUCCGGCCCAGGCAGGUCAGAGGAGAUGGACAGUCUACUAUUCCAGAAAUCCGACAACCCGGACUGUACACUGCGACUCUGUGCUCUUCAAAAGCUCAAGGGAUCUCUGGUCAUCAAGGUGGAUCUACACUAUACUAGCAUGGACAGUAGGCUGCGCCAGACAGAAAGCAAGCAGAUGGACAUAGGAAAGCCUCUUGUGGCAUCUUGUAAACUGUACAAGAGAAAUCAUGCAGCCAAGAAACAAGAAGGCGCUUCCGGACGGAGUGUGGGCAACAUUUCAGACGGCAAAGCAGCACAGCUUCAUCAGACUCCGGGUGGUCCACGUCGCCCUUUCACAAGAAAGGCUGAGUGUGCUGUACAACCUGCAGCCGCAAGGAGCAACGAACCUGAAGAGAAUGACGAGACUGAACUGCAAGACUUUACUUUUCGACAUUAGGCCUCUCUUGUCCUAAUACUGUAAAUACUACUUUGUACUUUUGUGUACUUUUGUGUUUAGAAAUUACUUACGUCUUACUAGUCUGGGGUUGGUGAUGGUGAAUGAGAGAGUGAAUGAGUUUGUGUUUGGUUUGUGUUACCACCAGCCUUUCAAUUCUUAGCUAACACUGAAGAAACAUUAACACUUAGUUUUGCUAACCACUGAUUUCAUCAUAAAUUGUAUAAUACUUUAACAAUAUUACUUUUUCAUCGGUGGCAAGCUGGCUAGCCUAAUUUAUCGAAUAAAUACAUUACUGUUAAUAAUUUAUCUAAUAAAGAAAACUACUUUCAUCA